AUGUCCUUCCGAGCCACCCCACGGGCCGUCGCUGGCACCGUCCGCUCCGUCUCGACUACAUGCUCGAAAUUUGCUGCACGAAGCAAUCAAGCCUCACCAAUUGCUUGCCUCAAUGCCCGUAUGUCCGUCAACAGCCAGCAGAUCCGCUCUGCCUCCUCGGAACACGCCAUUUCCAACCCUCUCCUCGCUGGGAUCGAGAAGCGAUGGGAAGCCAUGCCUCCUCAAGAUCAGGCUGAAUUGUGGAUGAAAUUGAGAGACCGAAUGAAGGUUGACUGGAAGGAGAUGACUCUACAAGAGAAGCGAGCUGCCUACUGGAUCGCCUUCGGUCCUCAUGGACCCCGUGCUGAGACCCCCAAGGGUGAGGGUAUGAAGAUCUUCGUUCAGUUGAUGAAGUACAUCGUUAUCUCCGCUGGUAUCUUCUACGCCGCCCGUCUCUUCGGCGGCAGCCCACCAAAGACCAUGACUAAGGAAUGGCAAGAAGCCACCAACGAAUACGCUCUGAAAGAGAAGCUCGACCCCAUCACUGGUAUCAGCAGCGAAGGAUACUCUGGAAAGGGUUUCGUGCAGAGCCCACCAGCUGGCAAAUAG